AAAAUUCGCCGAUCAGACGCAGCCGAUACGUUGGAAGGAAUGUAUCACUUGUUAUAGAAAAUAUCUCGGGUAGAUCUCGCGUAACUGCGUCGCAGGUAAUAAAACGUACUACUACCGAUUACAUUUUUGGAUUUACAAACCCGCGUGUGUGUCACGGAAUGUUCUGCGGCUAGUGUUUACAUUUUGUUUGAAAAGUGCAUAACUGAGUGCUGAAAGUGACAUUUUUUUUUUGGAUAAGUGGUUAGAAAUAAAGCAGUUUCUAUGAACGGGCAAUACGGAGGCUGGAGUGUCCAGAAAAUGGACAUGAACAUGAUGGAUCCAUUGCCGGAGAUUGAUGGUUUUGAACCUCAAACUCGCGCGCGAUCCAACACGUGGCCGCUUCCUCGUCCCGAUAACUAUGUGGAUCCCGCCGAUGAGGCGGCAGGCAACAAGUGUGUAGUGGCGGGACAGCAAGGACCGGGAUCUGUUCCUUCAGCGGUGACCACCACCGUUCCCACAAAAAAGAAUUCCAGUAGGAGAAAUGCUUGGGGUAAUCUUAGUUAUGCCGAUUUAAUAACUCAAGCUAUUAAAACAUCGCCCGAUCAACGGCUAACUCUUAGUCAAAUAUACGAGUGGAUGGUCCAGAAUGUGCCAUAUUUCAAAGAUAAAGGAGAUAGUAAUAGUUCUGCUGGCUGGAAGAACUCGAUUCGACAUAAUCUUUCCCUGCACAACAGAUUCAUGCGAGUUCAAAAUGAGGGAACAGGAAAAUCUUCUUGGUGGAUGAUCAAUCCCGAUGCCAAACCCGGCAAAUCCGUAAGGCGGAGAGCCGCUUCAAUGGAAACCAGUAAGUUUGAGAAAAAAAGAGGCAGGGCGAAGAAAAAAGUAGAGAUGAUAAAGAACGGGUAUCUACCUGACACUACACCUAGUCCUAGUUCGUCGGUUUCUGAGAGUUUAGACUUAUUUCCAGAGUCACCUAUUCACAGUGGUGGUUUCCAAUUGAGCCCAGAUUUUCGACCAAGAGCAUCAUCGAACACUUCUUCGUGUGGCCGAUUGUCCCCGAUACCUUCUGUAGGAGUCGAACCCGACUGGGCGCCACACAAUCAAUUUAGCAACCAAAACUAUAGCCCAGAUAUAGUUUCCAGCGGUAAUUAUUCACCCGAUCAGUUGGCUGGUAAUCUUCAACAAGGGAUGAAGCUUGAACCAGAUACAUAUUUAGGGUAUAUGAAUGGUCAAACAGCACAACCUCCACCACCACCUUAUUCUGCUCCUUAUGAUCAGUUUCCUGGAUGUCGGGACCUCGGUGGAACCAUCCAUGCUACAUCUCCUUACGGCCUUACACAAUGUCCGAUACAUCGCAUUCAGUCAUGUUCUUGUUUACAGCCCAUAAAAGUAGAGAGUAUGUCACCGGCGGGAAUGUCUCCAUCUUACCCACACUCCGAACCAUCUCCCGACCCUCUCAACUCACAAUAUCUAAUCAACAGAAUGCAACGACCUCCCUCAAGUAGUCCUCCUCUCACUCCACAACCGACGCAACAGACCAUACCCUCGACGAUGAUGGGACAGAUGAUGGCAGCGCUCAACAAUAGCGCCAUCUUAGAUGACCUCAACAUUAACGUGGAAUCAUUGCAAGGGGGCUUUGAUUGUAAUGUCGAAGAAUUAAUUAAUCACGAACUGAAUAUGGGGGGUAGUUUGGACUUUAACUUUCCCAAUCAACAGCAUGGGAUACCCGCAGUUGGUUCAGCACAAAGUGAACCUCAUACAGGAAACACGGGUAGUCAACCUAGCGCGCCACCUACAUAUUCGACUGCUGUAACGACACCGUCGUGGGUGCAUUAACGAAAAAAUUUCAGGAAACUAAAUUCUGCAACCAUAGAAUCAAGUUCAAGUAGAUUGGUUCCACGCCGCUGUUCUAUCUGUUGUGCAACCGCUGACAGUGUAAUCUUGUUAUAAUGAUCUCGUGUUAUGCUCAUAUUAAUAAUUGUUUGUACAGAAAUGAAUAUGCUUUUUAUGUCUUUAAUAUUACAAGAAAUAAUAUUAGUAAAAUGAUUUGGAGGUGGGCCAAAAGAAAAACUUCAAAUAAAACUGAACAAUACAAAGAGGAACUGAAUCAGUUGAUUUCUUAUUAAUAAUAGUGAACAUUCUAUUGACAAUAUACUUAAUAUAUUUUUAAAAUGUCAAUUACAGAUAUUUAAUGAUUUUUACUUCUUUGUAGGAUGAGUACAGUCCAGUAAAUAUAUUUAUUGUUAUUAUGUUCGAAUAAUGUUUCUACUUUUAUCUAGAAGAAGAAUAUGAUAUUGUCCUUUCUUCUUUUGCUUGGUUAAUGAAAUGUUUCAAUUCAUUCACUGCUUAAGGAAGUUUCAUGAUAAGAUAAAAAGAUAUAAAAAUAAGGUUAACAUUAUUGAUAUCAAUGUAUACGUUGUAUACUUUAAACUUAUUUUUUUAAAUGUGAUUGAAAUGCGCAUGCUUGAAUUAGCCACCGUAGAUAACCUCUAUAUUAUGGAGGGUAGAAAAAAGGAGGAGCAUCUCUUAUGGGAGAAAAGUUGAAAAAGAGUCCAGAUCUAUAUCAUAAAUAACAAUUUAAUAAUCUUAUAGAAUGGCACAGGUGUACACAAAGGAUAAGGUAAAAUUGUGGAUGAAUUUAAGUAUGUGGAUUUAAAAAAUUUAAUAUUCUCUUUGAUUCAAGCAGACUGUUAUUGAAAAUUUCAACUACUCACGUUGUACAACAUAAUGUAGUGAAUAUUAGCUAGAAGAAAUUUACCCGGAUGCUAAUGUGAUGCCUUAUUACUAUUAUUAUUAUUGAAAAUGUCUUAAUUAACUGCUUUUGAUUCCCUUAUAACAAAUCAUCAAAAGAUAUACAUAAAAGUAUUCUUUAUCGAUGUUUUGCCGAUCCUUGGAUGAUUUUUGUACAUCUGAAGAUGUACUUGUGGCUCUUUGCUCGAAGUAAAAACAAAAACUUUGUGCCCGGUACAUAGAUGUGGCUUCUUGAAUCUUUCUAUCUAUCCCCGAAAAGCAGCUGAAAAACAGGGUUUCAAAAAUCGAUCUGGGUUGUACUUUUAGAGAAGGCAACAUGGCUGACGUUGAUUUCAUUUUAAGAUGUUGAGGUAUCGGAUUAGAAAUUUUACAACUAGGCUAUGUGAUUAGCGAACUAUGCAGAAGCAUACACCCAGUAUCGUGGGUAUCUCUUGCUUGAUUGGCGACUUUCAAGUUACUACUAAGAUCUUUUGACAGACAAUAAUUACAGUAGUUGAGAUUUUUGUUAGUCUUUUACAGUGAGUAAUUUUAACUUCUUGUACUUGUUCUAUGUGCGUAUUGACAUUUGUAUUUCCUUGCACAAUAUUCCCUAGGUAUUUUAGGAUAUUGCUUGGAAAGAUGGUUUGACGUUAAUGUGAAGCUACAAUUACAAUGUUUUUGAGGCAUUUAUAGCUAGUUUAUUGUUUUUGAAAUGUGGAUGUAUGUUUUCCAGUGCAUGAUCGGGAUUUUUCGCAGAUUCUACGAGUGUCAUCAGCGUACAUGGCUGUUAGGAUCUGUGAGGAAACGGGUAGGUCAGGAGUGGAAAGGGAAUACAACAAAGAUUGUGUGUGAAUUGAUGCUUUCUGUACUCCAAAAUUGAGUGCUAUAGCGCCGCCAUACUUGAAUCUUUUAUUUAACAAAUACGAUUAUAAAAUUUUGAUUAAACAGUUUUGUAAAUUUGAUUAGGAGUCAAAGGCUUUUUGAAUGUCGAUUGCGACCAUAAUUAACUUAUUGGAAGGAUUCUCUAUUGAACUACUAUUAUUUAAGUAGUCGUACUAUUAUUGUAUGUAUCACCUUUGCACUAUUAGCAUGGUGCCUUCCUUACUUAACGUAUUACGAAGAACACUUUUUAUGUACGCAGAUUGUCUUCUUCCCUCUACCCUCCAUUGAAAAUAUAUGAAAACAGCGUUUUUUAUUGCGGUUAACCACUCAAAUCAAGCUGCAAAAUUUCCAAUGACAAGCUUUCUGAUUAUUUUUAUUUUAUUGUUGCAUAAAUAUCAAAUUAUUUUUAUUUCUAUUCUUAUUUUAAUUUUUAUUCUUUAAAAAAACCACUUGUGGACUCAAUUAUUGAGAUAUGAGCCUCCUAGUGUGUUGAUUCAGUCUUUAUUCUAUUUGCGUGGAUAUCUAGUCCCUUUCAUAACUGUUAUUUUGCUUUCAUGAAAUUUUUGUCAGUUUUUAUACUUAUCAUUCAUCACAAUUUGUUUAUAAAUUGUUUUGGUUCUCCUACUUUCAUUUUUUUUGUAAUCAGUUGUCUGAUUUCUUUAAAAUUUGAUUUAUUUGACAUUCCUUAACUUCAUAUUUUCAGAAUAUUAUCAGUAUCAAAUUACAAGCAGUAUUGGAGAAAAUACUGGACAAUAUCAAUAUAGUUUUCCACAAAAUGCAGUAUUUACUACACAUAUAACAAUUCUUGGUUAUUAAAUAAAUUCAAAUAUUUUAUAUAUUAAUAUUUAUAGGUGUAUAUUUGAUUCCGAUUAACACUUCUCAAUAUUUCUGGAUAAUAUGAUGAAAUGAGAAGUAUAUUGCUCUUGUAGUACUGAAGAUACAAAAUAACAUACUUCUUGUUCGAUAAUGUUGGUAUUAUUUGAAAUUUUUGGUCAGUUACCGACCCUUCGCCUUCAUUUCUCAUUUCUGGUGCCAUUUAUCCUACAGUUUUAAGUUCAUAGAUGCCAAUUGUUAUAGGGUUAAGCUAAAUAUCUUAAAGCGGUAAAGGUUGGCAGCUCAAUAUUCUCCAAAAAAAAAAAAAGAAUUAUACCAGUAAUAUUUUUUAAAUUUGUAAUUAAUAAGGCCAGAUGAUUAUAAAUAGUGUAAAAUAAGAUUAAACAUUAUAUAUAACAUAAAACAAUUCUGAAGGAGCAUCUCCUAAACAAAAAAAUGUCAUGUACUAUCGAGUGUCUUUUUUUUAAGAAAAAACGGAGUUCAAAUAUUUUCUUUAACAGUAGUUGAAUGUAAUUGUCUAAUAUAUCAACUUCAGUACUAGACAUAUGAAUUUACAUUCUGACUUCUAUCAUUUCUCAUUUGAAUGAUAUUCCACGAGACAAAAACAAUUUUAUCCAAAUAUAGAUUACAAAAAACAAGAAAUUUGCGGUUAUUAUUAAGUAUAAACACAUCUUUGAUUACAUCCAAUAAGUUGUUUCUUUUAUAUGUUAAUUCUCGUUUUUUCGACAAAAGUAACGAACAGAAAGGACAGUUUAAAUUCAUUACUCAUUAUAAAUAUUUUUGAAAAAGCACCAUGGUUGCCUUACACAGUAAUUAUUAUUAAUAAUUAAUAAUUAUUUCAUGAACAAAUAUUAUGUAAACUUUUAGGAAUCUAAAUUACAACCCUCUUUUGUUGUGUUUGCAGUUAUUUUCAUAUGUAAAUAGAAUUAUUAUUUUUUAAUCGCCUGCUUGAUUUUUUCUGUGGUUUCAAUCAAUUGUUAGAAAAAAACCAUUAAUUUGAUUCGUGUCAUAUUAACUUGAAAAGAUUUUUCAAAAUGAGCGUUUUUUACAAAAUGCAAUUCGAAUAAUCAAUUUUAUAUAAUAUAUAACUAAAAUUUGAAAUAAGUAUUUCAAAUAUUACCUACAGCCGAAACUCUUCUUUAAAAUUAAAGAUUUUUCCAAAGAAACGAAAACAAUGUAUAUGUUUGACCAAUAUGAUGUUGAAGAGAAUAUCUUUUGAAAUGGUGAAUAUUGGAAUAUUUUUUAACAAGACUUGAAUAUCUUAAGAAUGUGAAUCGUAUUUGGUUACAACUCAAUGGUGUCUUCAAUUUUCAAUUCUAAUAUGAUCCAGCUGUGAUAUUUCCAGUGAGUUUUAUACAAUAUGAUUACAUUGUACCUAUAAAGAUUUUGAAAUAGUUGAGAUGAAAUAUAUCUCGUAUGUAUACAAAAAAUUAGCAAUAUCCCAUAACUACGUUGUUUAGCUCUGCUAACUAAAGUCCCUAUAUAGGAAAGUCUGGACACGAGCGGUAGUUCACGCUAUUGUUUGGCCUGAAGCUAGAAAUUAACGGCGGCUCAACUUCAACCAAAACGACGCGCCAAUUUGGGAGCGAAUUCUCAUUGGUUCUUGAGAGAUGCGAGUCGAAAAUGAGCCCUCGGGAAGAGCACACCUUGUAUUCUUUCAUCAUGCAUGUAACUAAUAUGAAUAUCUGAUUUCGAUUUUCGUAUCUUCGAAACGCUUUGAAAUACAACACAAGUCUGGUCUGUUUUGUUUACAUGCUCGAGACCACAAAAUAGAAGACACCGACGCGACGCUGCGCGCAAGAGCUUUGCUUCCCGAGAAGGAUACAAAGCUCUAUUUUGCACAUGGGCGUUAUAGCUCAUGUCCAGACUUUCCUAUACAGAGACUUUACUGAUAACCUAGACGGUGUGCCAACUGUGGAAAAUAAUGGCCAACCACCAACAUUACCUAGACAAGCCUCUCAACAUAGAUGAUAUUCAGAUCCGUCGUUAACAGUAAGUGUCUUUUCCUGUGGUAACAGGAAAGCAUGAUACGUGAUAGGAUAUGAAAGAACGGAACAAAUGGAAAGUUCUCUUCUUCUUGCGAUUUUAUAACCAAAAAGUGGUCAAUAUUGAUAUGAAUCCACAAGUUUGUGUCAAUAUUGAUACCAAUAGUUCUCAAGUUACUGUGAACAAAAUUAUUUGAAAAUUAGAACAAAAAAUAGUCAUGUUUUGCAGAGAGAAUAAUGUACCUAUUGUCACUGCACCAAUGUAACUUUUCAUUAAAAUUAAAUCAUCAAAGUUGUUGAUACAUUUAAUAAAUAAUUGUGUAUAAGUAUUUGAACUCUGUGUAUAUUUUGUUUUUGUAUAUAGUCUAGUGUUAGUUUUAGGUGCUUCAUGUACCAUUGUUGAAUUAUUUUUGAUUUUUAUAAAUACUAUAUUAUAUAUACAUAUUAUUCAUUUCAUUCUCGUCAUUCGGUACUGGUCAUAUGAUUCGUGUUUAUAUUUUGUUUGCCUAAUGUUCACGGGCACCUUUUAUCAUCAUAAAUUAGAAUAUUUUUUUACUGUAAUUGUAGAGUGUUUGAUGUAUUGUUAGAUGUUUAUAGAACAGAACAAAAUACAACAUCUUAUCCAAUAGAAAUGAAUUACGACUUAACAACCAAAAAAUCAAAUUUUGGAUUUUUCUUUUCCUAAUACCUGCAAAUAUUUCUAUUUAAAAACAAAUUGACAAAGAUAUACAAAUCUAAAAGUACUGUAAAGGAUAACGAACCCAACUAUAUUUCUUCAUAUUCCAUAAUUAACGUUUUGUUCGUUUAUCUAUGAUCUAUUCUUGAAUAGAACUUCUACUAAUUUUUACAUAGAAACGCCUCUACCUAGUUUUGUAGAAAACCAUACAGCUUCCUAUGUAGUAGAAAGUUAUGUAUUAUUCUGACAAAUAUUGGGAAUAAAUUAUUUUAUUGAGAAUAUGGUUACAAUGUGAACUGAAAGAUAUCAAAAAAAAUCACGAAAUAGACUUCAGGUUUGAACUGGAUGAUUAUACAGAGAGGGUAAAACUGAAUAAGUACAUAAUAUUCAAUUAUAUAAAUUAAUUGGAAUAAUUGUCGGUUUAUGUGAGUGGUUAUUAAUGUAAAAUAUGUAAAAUAAUCGAAUGUACAUGAAUGUCAACGUUUCUUCCUCCCUUAUUAUCAUCAAGGUUAUUUUAGAACGAGUAUUUGAAUCAAGAAUCAAUUUCUAUUGGAUUAAAUGAGCAAACGGAUUAUUUUGAUCUGUUCUAAUGAGUAGAUGGCUACUGGUAUCUGACUGCUUUUAGUUUAAUUAAAUUAAUUUUUCAAGUAGAUGGCAGUAGACGUCAAAAGCGACAGUUCAAAUGAGAAAAAAAAUACCACAAUUAACAAGUACAAGGUGAAAAUACAAAAUAUAAUACAAAAUAUAAUACAGAAUAUUUGCAUAAAAUUGUAAUCAAGUUUCUAAAGUAAUAACGAGCCGAGUCAAUUUUAUCUAUAAAACGUCGAACAACUAACAAUGUUUAUUUUGUAUUUUUGCAUUUUCAAAACUGUUGUGAUUUUUUAAAAACUGGUUUUUACUAUAUUUAGUUACUUACACCUAUUGAAUAUGUACCUAUUGAUGUGUAUAACAAGAAGAGGAAAUGUAGACAAUGUUUUUUCCUUAUAAGUUUAUGUUGUAAUAGGGUUGGUACGAUUUCAGCAAGAUCAAAAUCAUAACAUUUCUAUAUAUACAGGGUCUCUAGUGAACAAUCGAUGAGAGCUGUCAAAUUCUUUUUCUCUUUACGGCUAUCGUCUAAAAUUAUUUCCAGCCAUAAAGAGUAUGCCAAAAAUGACUUUUGACUUCUGGAAGGAAACGUCCCCUGAACAACUAUAAGAAAAUAUCUCUAGUUAGCCAAGUAUGCCUUGCACUUGAUAGUGUACCGGAAAUUUUACGCAUCCAGAAGAUCUUGGGUUUUUGAUUUUCCCUAUGACCAUUAACUGUAAUUUUUAUUGUUCUUGUUAAGUUUGCACAGUACACAAAAAUGAUUCUUCUUUUAGAUAUCUUCGAUCUAGCAGCACAAGUUUCAGUAGAAAAGGAUAAAGUUUCAUUUGACAGACCACUCCCCAACAAUCCUAAUUUGUCUGUAGUAUGGAUUUGUUCUAUAUAUAGAUCUCUUUCUCUUAUCUUCUUUUUGUAUUGAAGAGCUCCGUAUAACUGGAGGCUUUCUUAUCUAAUAUUUUCAGCUGGUGUAUGCCAUGACCCCAGAAAAGUGCUUGUAGUAGCACUAAAUUUUCUGGCAACUUCAGCGUUCACCUUUCUUGGUUGGAUCAACAAUCGUAGUAUCUUCUAUUAUUUUUUCUUUAAAUCAGUAAUUUCCGCGUUGACAACUCCUUACUUACAGGAAAAAGAGAAGUUCCAGACACUCCAUUUUUCAAACACACUUCUCAGCUAUGGUUAAAGUUUUUUGUUUACAUUUCAGUAUAGGAAACAUUUUUAUAACCUCUAAAAACUCGUGGUACGCAAGUUUAGCUCAGAGUAACGUCUACACUUGAGUUCACUCCAUUACUAGAGACAAAACAUGAAAUCAAAAAUCACAUAUUCGGCGUAAGAGAAGAAAAUAGGGGGGCAGUAGGCAGUUCCGAUUAAGUAUAAACUAACAUAUAAUUUUGCGAUUGUUUUCUCUUAGUAAUUUCCUCACAUUUAUGAGAUACUUUUUUCAAAAUGGGAAUCCCCUAAAAUAAGCAUAAUUCUCUAUAUAUCCCCUAAUAUCAUAUUUUAGUUAUUUAUUUAUUUUUAUUUAUACAAAAUGUUAUGGUUUUGACGUUAGAUUUAUGUAAGAAUUCUGGACAAAUUCGUUUUUUUUUUGUUUGGAUUGUAAAUUUUAUUUAACUUAGAUUUUAAAUUUUAGACAAUAUAACGAGUUGAGAAUAUAGUCAAUUGUAGUUUUUCGAUGAAAAGUCAAUUUUCAAGUAACAACAUCGAAAAUCAUCAGAAAAUGUAAAUGCUUCAAUUUCACAAUAAUAAAUAGAUGUGAGAAUGUACAUGGUCGUUUAUGGGCUUAUUUUUGUAGAAAAAACAUACAACAAAGUCAAUUAUUCAUUUAUGCACAUUAUAUUUUUUGAUGAUUGAAAUUUUGAGUGAAGUAAGUACAGUUAAAAGAAUAAUACGAUGAUAAACGCACAUAAACUAUUUGAAUAAAGUUAAGGCUACACUGAAUCAUUUCAGAUGUACAAAAGUUGACAAAAUAAAAAUUGUAGAUGAACAUAGAGUAGGACUUCUAAGUCAUUCUAAAUAACUUUAAAGUUCUACUCGCGUAGUACAUCAAAUAUGUUUUUUGUGGUAACAUUUUGCUGCAGAAUAAUAUUUUAUGAAAGCAGAACUCUCAGUCACUAUUGUUCGAAAUGGACAUAAUUUUUAAUUACUCUAAUUAUAAUUUACCGAUUUGAAUAGGAGUACACAGUUAAUGUAAUAGAGUACGUAAACUUUUAGAUGACAGUUUAGACAAUAAUAUUUGUAAUUAAGUCGAUUUUACACUGUGCAAACAUCAACAAAAAAUAAAAAGUUAUAUGAAUAAAUCAAUCUUGAGCACAAAUAAUUAGAGGCGUAUUUAGAAAAAUCUUUGUGUCCAAUAUUUCUUCAAAAUGUGUAAACAUUUACAGUACUGUAGGUUUUUAAGGUCUAUGACGUUUUGCGUAUAUAUAUACUUGUAUCAUUAGGUAUAUUUGAUUCAAGUGAUUAAGGAUAAUAAUGAGUAUUCAAUCUUAUUGUAUACAUUGUAUAUCCCUUGUGUAUUGUCUUUAAACAACUAUUCGGAAUAUAACGACCCCACAUACUGUAUAUUUUUUUUUAAAUAGAAACAAACGGAACAAAAAAUUGGAGCAAUUUUUAACAGAGCAAUUGUUUAUGUAAACUUCAGAAUGUGUUUCAAAAGUUUUUGUGCUGAAGUAACGCUUUUACAUACUUCAUGAAUGUGUUCUUUAUGAUAAGAUUAAGGCAUCAAAAUACAAAUGGAAUGAAAUGGAAAGACGAGGUACUGGAAAGAAGCAACGUCUUAUGACAGACGAUAUGAAGAUAGAGGCAGAAAUAGCAAAUACAGAGAAGAAUUCAACAAGACAAUACUACACACUAAGCAAAACCGUACUGGAACAAACAUAUAUCAACAUGGAAGUGAAAAUGAAGAUCUACAAUCUACAAUAGUUAUAUUUGUAAUCAAAAAUUGGACAUUGAGAACCAAGGACACUACCAAGAUGAAUAAAACGAAUGGAGUCAGAUAUAGAAAUAAAGUGAUAUGUAACAAAACAAAAGCUAGUUAUACGAAAAAUGAAGAGAAAACAGCUUAAUUGUUAUGAAUUUGUCCUUAGAAUGUGGUGAGAAAGGAAAACCCUACUUGAAAUGAGUAUAUUAGCAAAAGACAGGAAAGAAUGUAAACAAUGAGUGCCCGAGAAACCAGACUCCUUCUUCGAUAUUUAAAACGGAUUGCUUUCAAGAUUACUCCACAAAAUAGAAACAGUUGUGGCGAACAUGAAGAAAAAGCUAUAGCAUCAUAAGUAGCAAGUUACUCAAAUAUAGAGUUCAUUUUUAGGUGGAGAACUGAUGCUAAAGCAUUAUAUUCCGUUAUGCGAAAUGUUUCCUUGCAAGGUUGGUCGAAUUAAAUGUUUAUUGAAUAACCAACACUCAAAUACAUAUUCCAAACUAUUUUUACGUUUCUCAUUAAACCCGUAAAGGGCGUUAUGUACACUUCUUUAUGAAAGAGACUUUUAUAACUCCAUAAUAGUUCUUUUAAGAGCAAGAACUUAUCGGCAAUGAUAACAUCAUCAUCAUUGGAAAUUAGUAAGUGUCAAAACUUGAACUAAAUGAAUCUUGAAAUGGUGGUGCUUUUGCUUAUUUCCCUUUUUUCGGCUAUUUUUUCAAGGAAUUAUAUAUUCAAGUAAAUUAACAACGUAAUUAUUAUGUCUCAAAGGAUUCCUAUUGGCGCAUGGUCUUUGUUUAAGAAUAACAAUUUCAUGCUGAUGUAGUUGAGUAUUUGAUAAAACAAAUAUUUGUAAAAAACUAUAAUAAGGUUUGUCUGGCCCCAGUAAUAGCUUGAAGUCUGCUCUAAGGGUUUUUUGAAUCAAAUGCUCACCUAAUAUCUUGCUAGAGGGUAUCCCGUAGUUUCUAAAAAACUGGUCCGCAACUGUCAAAAAAUUUAUUUCAGACUUUUGGCUUCUUGUUCAAAAUUUGGAGGUCUUCCAUCUAUCGAACAUUAUUUUCUGUUUUAGCAUUAUUGAAACUCGACAGAAUGUGAAUAUUCAAAUGUACAUCUUAUCUACAAACAACAAAAUAUAAUAACUGUCAUCAGUACCUUGACAUUAGUAUUUUAUAAUAAAAGAUUGAUCUACUUCUAUUCUGUGCGGAAGCAAUUUACCGUUUCUAAAUGUUAAUGUUCUUUUAUAUUUAAUAAAGAAAAAAUAACAAGUAUCGUUGUAUUUCAAAUCCCAUAAUACAUAUUUUCAAAACAAAUGAAUAGGGGAUACUAUUUGAAAAUAAAAAUUACAAGUUAUCCAAGGAUUUUUGCCAUGAAUAUUUCUUUCUUGAACUAAACUUUAAAAGUUUGAGAAAGUUGAAAAAUAUUGACAAAGGAGACAUGUAAUGACAUUUUAAUAAGCUAAACAAAUUUAAUAGCAAAAAUUGAACAUUAAAUGGAUCACAAAAAAAUUUUUGAACACGCGUUUUUGUACACAUUUCACGAUUCUGAAACGAAGAUUCAAAAAAAAGAAA